AUACUCUCCAGCUCCACAUCAUGAAGUCGAUGCUUGCACUAGUGGUCUUGGCCGUCGUGGCUACCCUUUGCCAGGCUGGUGGAUACGGCUACGGAGGUGGAUACGGCUACGGAGGUGGACACGGAGGAUAUGGUGUUGGCGGAGUGUCUAACAACAACUUCCACCUCGCUGGACCCAGAGGCUACGGAUAUGGACACGGUGGUGGAUAUGGACACGGUGGUGGAUAUGGCUACGGAGGAUACGGUGGAGGUCAUGGCGGCUUUGGUGGCGGCUACGGCGGCCAUGGCGGCUUCGGCUUUGGUGGUGGCCACGGUGGUGGAUACGGAUACGGCAAGUAAACGACCAGAUACAACGACAGAUCAAUACGUAAACAAAGAUUUACUUGAUUAUAAUUUAAG